UUGAUAUUCAAACAAAGACCCAUCACUUAUCAUGAUAUUUAUUCGAAACUAAACAGACGGAAAAUAUAUCGGAGAAGGAAAAUGGCGGUAACCACAGCCUCGGGAAUACCAUCGAAAUCAUGGCAACCUGCACAGUGUACUCUGGAAACAACGAUGGGGACCAUCAUAGUGGAGCUGUACUGGAAACAUGCACCAAACACUUGCAGGAACUUUGCAGAGCUGUGUAGACGUGGGUACUAUAAUGGCAUCAAGUUCCAUCGAAUCAUCCCAAAUUUCAUGAUACAAGGAGGUGAUCCCACAGGCACAGGCAGAGGUGGGGCGUCCAUAUAUGGAAAAUUCUUUGAAGAUGAAAUAUCUGAUGAGCUUAAACAUGCAGGAGCUGGUAUAUUAUCCAUGGCAAACAGUGGUCCAGAUUCUAACGGGAGUCAGUUCUUCAUUUCCUUGGCUCCAACACAGUGGCUGGAUGGAAAACAUGCUGUGUUUGGUCGAGUGUCUGGUGGCAUGCAGGUUGUUCACAGGGUUGGCAUGGUGGAAACUGAUGAAAAUGACAGACCAUUAGAUGACAUUAAGAUUGUGAAAGCUUCUAUCACACCUUCGUAAUAAUAAUGUGUCUGCAAUCAAACUGGAUGAUGGGACUGCGAGACCUUGGUGAUUUUUAAGAAUACUCUCCGCCACACAGUGUUUUAGCAAGUCAUCUGUUCUACCAAGUAUGCGUUAUGAGGUAUCCAGCUGAUGACUGUCAAUCUCUUACAGCAUUGAUGUGGCACAGUGGUGAGAGUGUUUGCUUGAGCCAGACUAGAUCCAGGUUUUAUUCUCAUAAUGAGUAAGGUCUGUGACAGAUAUGGGCAGGUUACACCACCUCAUCACGCUAUUCUGUUCGGCAUGUUUUAACAGGAAUAAGCUCUAUAGUUUAAGAUUGACAUAAACAUGUAACAGCUGUGAGCACCACUCAAGCAUUUGACAAUGAGCAGAGAUCACUGAUUUUUGUAUGACCUGAGUAAAAACCUCAAAAUAAUUCUACUUAACAUCAAUUUGUAUAUGCCGCUGUGUACUGGAAAUGGUAAGUGGAAUUUUAGAUAUAGCUUUAAAGAAAAGGUUCAUCAGGGAAGUAUGGACUUGAAAUGGUUUGCAUUGUUUCUAAGUGGCACCUUCUCUCACUACUGUUUAAUCAUGUUUAUAAAGGUCAAUAUGUGACAUACUUAAAUCUGUGAAGUAUCAGAGAGCUUUUUCGAGAGUGUUAAUGCAUGUUUUAUGGCAUCAUCAUUUCAAGGUCUGUUCAAACAUUUGUCAUCUAAUGUAUCAGGAUCAUGCCAUGAAUCAAAUGUCAUGUUUUAGUUCAUUUCAGAAACUGAAAAUAUAUUUUGUAAAUAAACA